AGUCUUGCUGUUGUCAGUUGUAUGUUUGCAAUGUGCUAUUUGCCCCACUUCUACAUUUCUCUGGAUAAAAUCGUCUGCUAAAUGUGUGAAAGUUGUUUUGGUACCCUUUCCUGUCCCCGGGCCUUUGUUCGUCGAUCGUACUUUCAUGAAAUGUGCGAUACCGAAGAACUACAGCUCCCAAAAUGCCUUGACACAUCUUAUUUCCGGUCCUGCGCGGUUUCUGGAGCGGAUUGGAACCCGGAGUCAGGAUUCAAUAAAUGUGUGGCCGUUUUGAAAAAAGAUUGAAAGUAUGGCUGAGGGGACACCAGUUGAGUUUAUCUGGUGCGAGGACUGCGGUCAGUACCACGACUCUGAGUGUCCGGAGCUGGGUCCUGUGGUGACGGUGGAGGACUCGUUCGUCUUGAGUCGAGCUCGAUCCUCUCUGCCGGAUAGUCUGGAAAUCCGAAAGGUGGGUGAAGCAGAAGAGGGGGUAUUCGUGCUGCGCCAUUUGGUGAAGAGGACGCGGUUUGGUCCCUUUGAGGCCAGGCGUGUAGCCCAGCUGAGCAAAGAAGGCCAGUUUCCUUUGAAGAUGUUCAUGAAGGAUGGGUCCGUGGUCUGCUUUGACACCACCAAUGAGGACGAUUGCAACUGGAUGAUGCUGGUGCGACCGGCCACAGAUCACACACAUCAGAACCUGACAGCCUAUCAGCAGGAGGAUGAGGUUUACUUCAACACCUCCCAGGACCUGCUGCCUGGAUCUGAGCUGCGAGUCUGGUAUGGGGCCUUCUAUGCCAAAAAGAUGGAGAGGCCACUGCUUAAGCCACUGGUUGCUCCACCUCCAUCAGACAUAGAUAUGGCACACUCCAAGCUGGUUGUUGCAGAUGGGAUGUUGGGGACAAACCGGGCAGUGGUGCCCUCUGGAGGGAAUGAUGGAGGUGUCCAGGGACUGGACUGCAACCAGUGGGUGUGUAAAGUCUGCCCAGCUGUGUUCGUAGAACCUCAGCUUCUGACAGACCACCUGCUGAGCCACUUGCAGGAGGUGAAGAGCAUAGUGCCACCUGUCACUGACCCUGUCGGCGAGGUGAAGAUGGUGUUUCCGGAGAGCGCCCUCAAUACUGACACCGCCGCGGCCCCGCUGGAACACAAGAAAAAAACGGCUCGCGUCAGAAAGGUCAAAGGUCACAAAGUGCCACCCACCCCAGCAGCCGCAGCUGAGAGCUUUGUAAGCAAAGAUGGUGACCCCAUGGUUCCCAUGGAGCAUGUUCUCAGCACCAUGCCUCCAGACAUUGGCCUGUCACUGCUCACUGGCCCCGACCUCAUGAUUGGCCUGGACGGCGUGCCAGUGAAGGUGCAUAGGCCCACCCGCAGUGUGCCGCACCCUGGGAAGGCGGGGAUCCGGAAGCGCUUCAUGCGGCAGGGUGGAGAUCACAAACGGGUCUAUCAGUGCAGCCUCUGCAACAAGGUCUUCCAGAACAGCAGUAACCUGAACCGCCACGUUCGGUCCCACGGCGACAAACUUUUCAAGUGCGACGAAUGUGAUAAGAUGUUCAGUCGGAAAGAGAGUCUGAAGCAGCACAUCUCAUACAAACACAGCAAGAAUGAGUCUGACAUGGAGUACAGAUACAAAUGCGGCACAUGUGAGAAGUCUUUCCGUGUGGAGAACGCCUUGAUGUUCCACAACUGCAGAACCGAUGACAAAACCUUCCAGUGUGAGAUAUGUUCCCGAUUCUUCUCCACCAACAGCAACCUGUCCAAGCACAAGAAGAAACAUGGUGAGAAGCUGUAUGCCUGCGAGAUCUGCAACAAGAUGUUCUACAGGAAGGACGUCAAACAGGACCACCAGAAGAGACACAUCGUGGGGCCGAAGCACAUGAAGAAAGAGGAGAUGGAGACUAAUGGAGAAGAAGGAACAAAGUACAGGAAAGAGCCUUCGGCCUGUCCGAUCUGCGAGAAAGUGUUCUCUUGCAGGAGUAACAUGAACAAGCACCUGUUAACCCACGGAGACAAGAAGUACACCUGUGAGAUUUGUGGGCGCAAGUUUUUCCGAGUGGAUGUCCUGAGAGAUCAUAUUCACGUUCACUUCAAGGACAUUGCACUUAUGGACGAGCAGGAGAGGGAGGAUUUCAUCAGGAAAAUUGGAAUCUCUGUGGAUGACAGCGAUGUCAAUUCUGGCGAAGACGACGCCGAUAAUGAUCCGGAGAACCACAAGUACAGCUGCAAGAAGUGUCAGGUGACCUUUGCCAAAGGCAGAGAGUACCUGAAGCAUAUCAUGGAGGUGCACAAAGAACGCGGCUACAGCUGUGUCAUCUGCAACCGGCGAUUUGCCCUCAAGGCGACCUAUAAUGCUCACCUUGUCAUCCACCGCGAGCAGCUUCCUGACCCAGAAGUUCAGAGGUACAUCCACCCCUGUGAAAUGUGUGGUCGGAUCUUCAACAGCUUCGGGAACCUCGAAAGGCACAAGAUCAUCCAUACAGGUGUGAAGAGCCACAGCUGUGAUCAGUGUGGAAAGUCCUUUGCCAGGAAGGACAUGCUGAAGGAGCACCUGAGGGUCCAUGACAAUGUGCGGGACUUCCUGUGUGCCGAAUGCGGGAAAGGAAUGAAGACCAAACACGCAUUGAGGCACCACAUGAAGCUACACAAGGGAAUUAAGGAAUAUGAGUGCAAGGAGUGCCAUCGCAAGUUCGCCCAGAAGGUCAACAUGCUGAAACACUACAAGAGACACACCGGAAUUAAGGACUUUAUGUGCGAACUGUGCGGGAAGACAUUCAGCGAGAGGAACACCAUGGAAACACACAAACUGGUUCACACGGUGGGCAAGACGUGGUCCUGCUCAGUGUGUGAUAAGAAGUACGUGACGGAGUAUAUGCUGCAGAAGCACGUGCAGCUGACGCAUGAGAAGGUGGAGGCCCAAAGCUGUCAUCUGUGUGGGACCAAGGUGUCCACCAAGGCGUCCAUGAACCGCCACAUGCGUCGAAAGCAUCCCGAGGUGGUGACCGUGAGAGUGGAUGACUUCGAUGAUCUCCAAGAAACCACAACCGUCGACGCUUCCACCAUCAGCAUCGUUCAGCCCCCUCUGUCUCUGGACAAGGAGCCGCUGACGUCCGAGAAGCCCCCCCGGCGGUGCAAGCCACCUAAGAAGAAACCGAAGCAGGUGGAAGAGGAGGAGCUUUCGGACUCUGAUGACUACGGUGACUUUGCUGACAAGGACACGGAUUUUACAGGGGCCGUGGGCGACGAGACGAGCUCUGCAGUGGAGAGCAUUCAGCAGGUGGUGGUUCUGGCGGAUCCCACCGCAACGGCCUCGCCCUCCCCGUCCAGCUCCGUGGGGCUGAGCAACAUCACCGUGACCCCCAUUAGCACCCCCACGGCGGCCCAGUUCACCAGCCUGCAGCCCGUGGCCGUGGGUCACAUGGGCUCCAGCGACCGGCCGCUGACACUGGACAGCUCCAUCCUCACGGUCACCUUCGACGCAGUCGGUGGCCCCACCGUGCUGCACAAUCGGCCGGCGGAGCUCCCCUCAGAGGCAGGCGCAGCGCCCUCGUCAGUUGCACACUUCAUCAACCUGACCACCUUCGUCAACCCCAUUGCCCACCCCCUGGAGCCGGCAGCGCUGUCCUGGCGACCCGUGGAGGCCCCGGACGGGAGCCCCCAUGCUUCUGUGGCCGAAGAAGCUCAACCGGAGGCCCAGGAGACACAGGUGGAGCCCUCCGCCCCCCCGCAGGCCCAGCCGGCAGCCGAGCCCCCCGAGCCAGUCCAAGCUCCGGCACCGGCUCAGCAGCCCCCUCAGCAGAUGUACAGCUACUAGAGGCCUUGUGACUCCUAGCCUGAUAACCCUCAUCCUGGCUUAAGUCUGUCAACAUAACUAGAAGCGUCUAUAAGGCGACAGUCCAUUGUGAAAUCUGAAUAAAGUGCAUCGGCGUUGCCAAACUCGGCCCGUAAGGAAACUCUCACCCCCCUGAACGUCGUAGGCGACGGCAGAUGUGGGUUCGCUCCAAAGCAAUCUCCCAUUUGCCCUACCUCUGCCCUGCCCACCUCCUCACCACACAGCUGCAGCAACGGGACAUUUAUGACGAGCCCAACACUCAGUACUGAUCUCAAGCAUUUCUCUACACUAUAAAUCAAGUUCCAAUUUUUUAUUUGCUGCACAUACCCAAACAUACACUACAUGUAUGUUGCCAGGUGCUUUUAUACAACUUAUUCAUGGACUGUGCUCAAAAGGAAACAUAAUACAAAGAAAGAAUAUAAAAAAAUAUUUUAAUAAAAAAUAACUGAUGAAUGCUCAAGGGUUCAGUGCAAAAGCACAGUCAGGUCAGAGAAGGUAGGACGGCUCGGAAAGGCCAGCGGCUUUUACCUGUAUAAUGUCCUUAAUUUCAGUCUAAGUAUAUGCACUCCUUGUGAAUUAUAAAUCAUUAUCAUGAUGCUAGAUCUGUGUAUCGAAGUUCCCAGGCAUGAAAAUAUGAGAAUUUGCCCUUGCAUAUUCCCUGCAAAAGAUGCAGCUUUUCAUUUAAGGGCUGCAUAUCCACAAAACAAGGAUUUUAUUGUAAUUGGAGAAGCAUCACACAGAAUGUACUUACUGGAGAUUAAUUCUAUUGGUAAACAGUGUAAAAGCUUUAUAAAGAGCCAAACGAUAAUGAGGCCAAGAUUUUUGACUUAAUCAGACAAAAAUGUUUUAUGAUGACUAAAUCUGGGUGAAAGUUGAAAUACUAGCUUUUGAAAUGAAUUUUCCUUAUAGAACUUAUAUUUAACUUUGGUUCUGUUUCAAACUUUAGUAUGUAAAACAGUGGAAGAAAUGAAAAACAAAUCCAGAUAUGAUUGCAGAAAGUAUUACAUGAGUCAAUAUAAUGAACUUUGUGAAUAUGUUUUUCAGAUUUGGCCAAUAAACCUGAAAUGAUCAUUUA